AUGAUAGACAAUAAGCACGCAGCUGUCGAUCAUCCUUUGGACCAACGGGAUAAGAAGGAUAUGCUACAACUAGUGGCUCUAUGUUUUGGUUCAGCAAUUGGUCUCGCUUACUGCUACGGUUGGUUCAACCCUAAGAAUUACCUGACAUCUAUCUUAACCCCAGAGAAAUUCACUGAAGACUGCCUGCUACCUUGUCAAUCCGAUAACAUACAAAAAUCGCUCGAACCUUGUCCAGAAUCGGAAACAUCGCAAAAGUAA